UUUAUAUCCAAUUUAGAAAAAUUUCACUUCCCCCUCACACCAACUCGAACAAAACUUCAAAGCUAAGCUAAGAAACUCAAAAACGUCAUGUCGUCCGCGAUUCAGUUUGCUGCUGCUUCUACUUCGUCUUCUUCAGCUCAAGAUAACCGUGAAAACAACAACGAACCGUUAGAUUUGGUUCACCAAAUCGAUCCAACGGCUGCCACUUUGUCGCUUACUAAAGAAAAUUUCCUUAAAGCUGCCGUUUCUCUCAAGGAGCAGGUGGUGGAGAUGACGUGGAAUAGGGACACGGGUGGUGUUAUUGACCCGACGGUGUAUUCGGGUUUGCUUGGAACGGCCUUUGCUUGCUUGCGGUCGUAUGAGGUUACUGGAAAUCAGCAGGAUAUAUUAUUAUGCUCCCAGAUUGUCGACGCGUGUGCCUCCGCCGCACGUGUGUCUUCUAGGCAUGUGACAUUUUUGUGUGGUAGAGGAGGAGCAUACGCUCUUGGAGCGGUGGUCGCUCAUUAUCUAGGAGACCAAUCACGCCGUGACUUCUUUUUGAACCUUUUCCUUCAGGUAGCAGAAGAGAGAGCCCUGGCUGUUGGAGCGGAAGAAGGUGGUUUCGGAAUGUCAUAUGAGCUCAUGUAUGGGCGAGUUGGAUUCUUAUGGUCUGCAUUGUUCAUCAACAAGCAUCUCGGACAAGGCACAUUGUCAAGCGACGUUCUCAUGCCUAUUAUGAAUGCUGUUUUAGGCGGAGGCAGAGCCGGAGCAUCUGAUAAUCCAGCCUGUCCCCUCAUGUACCGAUGGCACGGAACACGGUACUGGGGUGCAGCCAAUGGCCUUGCAGGGAUCUUACAUGUGUUGCUUCAUUUUCCUCUUUCCGAAGAAGACGUCGAGGAUGUGAAACGCACGUUGAGGUACAUGAUGAGUAAUAGGUUUGCACAUAGCGGUAAUUACCCUUCGAGCGAAGGAAACCCUAGAGACAAAUUGGUUCAGUGGUCUCAUGGUGCAACCGCCAUGGCCAUCACCCUCUGCAAGGCGUCACAUGUGUUCGAUAACGAUAGGGAAUUCCGGGAUGGUGCAAUAGAAGCAGGGGAAGUUGUGUGGAAGAGCGGAUUAGUGAAGAAAGUUGGGCUAGCAGAUGGUGUGGCUGGAAAUGCAUAUUCAUUUCUUUCACUUUAUCGACUUACGGGAGAUCCCAUUUAUAGAGAACGAGCCGAGGCGUUUGCGAGCUUCUUGUAUAACAACGCAACUCAAUUUGCGAAUGGAGCAGACAACGCGUACUCUCUAUUUCAUGGACUCGCCGGAGUAGCUUGCCUCUGGUUUGAUCUUCUUGCACCUCAAGACUCUAGGUUUCCGGGGUAUGAACUUUAAGUUGAAACCAAUAAUCAAAAUUCUAAUUUUCUGCUGAUAUUUAGAAGUUCAUUGUUGUUGUUUUUUCUCACUUAUAAGUUUUAGAUUUCUAGAGAAAAAUGAUGAGUUAAUUGAACUAAAUUGAGAACCUGACUCUUACAUAUAAUCAAAUGUUGCAGUUGUAAAGUUUAGAUUGUUCGUUCAAUGCCACACAUGUCUCUUAAUUUAGAAUGUGUGCCAUUCAGACUUUAGAGGAAUUGGCUCUGUUUGGACCCUUAAUACAUGGAGGUAGUCCUGGCUAUUGUUCGGAAAUGGUUGGUUUUGGUUUGAAA